CUUUUCGGACUCUACAAUAUUCAAACCUCAAAACCAAAGCCCCCAGUUUGUAGCCAUCUUUUUGAAUUUAGCCUUUAUAAUUUCUUCCACAUCUAUGGUCCAUAUUUGCCCAUAGAUUUUGACUUUUCAAUUUUUUAUUCAUAAAUCUUCCCACAACUGCUUUAUAAAGCCUCCAACUUCACCUUCAGCAAUUGUGAAACAAAAAGCCUUAUUUUUGUUGGGCGAUCGGACAGGGGCACCAUGUCAUCAUUGAAGAGCAAGUACCAAGAUGAGCUAAUAGCGAACGCGACGUACAUCGGGACACCGGGAAAGGGCAUCCUGGCGGCAGACGAGUCAACCGGCACAAUCGGUAAGCGUCUGGCGAGCAUCAACGUGGAAAACGUGGAAACAAACAGACGCAUCCUCCGCGAGCUUCUAUUCACGGCCCCCGGUUGCCUCGAGUGCCUCAGCGGCGUCAUAUUGUUCGAAGAAACUCUCUACCAAAAAACCGCCGCCGGAGAACCCUUCGUCGAGGUGCUCAAGAAAGGAGGGGUUCUCCCGGGGAUCAAGGUCGACAAGGGCACGGUGGAGCUCGCGGGGACAAACGCCGAAACCACCACGCAGGGCCUCGACGACCUCGCCCAGCGCUGCAAGAAGUACUACGAGGGCGGCGCCAGGUUCGCCAAGUGGCGCGCGGUCUUAAAAAUCGGGCCCAACGAGCCCUCUCCCUUGGCCAUCCACGAGAACGCCAAUGGGCUGGCCCGUUACGCGGCCAUCUGCCAGGAGAACGGCCUGGUCCCCAUCGUGGAGCCCGAGAUCCUGUCGGACGGCCCACACGACAUUGGCAAGUGCGCCGAGGUGACGGAGCGCGUGCUGGCCGCCUGCUACAAGGCGCUCAACGACCACCACGUGCUCCUCGAGGGCACGCUGCUCAAGCCCAACAUGGUCACGCCGGGCUCCGACUCCGCCCGCCUGGGCCCCGAGGUCAUCGCCGAGCACACGGUGCGGGCGCUGCUGCGGACGGUGCCGCCGGCGGUGCCUGCCAUCGUGUUCCUCUCCGGGGGGCAGAGCGAGGAGGAGGCGACGGUGAACCUUGACGCGAUGAACAAGCUUAAGGGGAAGAAGCCCUGGUCGCUGACGUUCUCGUACGGGAGGGCGCUGCAGCAGAGCACGCUUAAAGCGUGGGGUGGCAAGGACGAGAACAUUCCCCAGGCCCAGGCGGCGCUGCUUGUGAGGUGCAAGGCCAACUCCGAGGCCACGCUUGGCGCUUAUAAGGGCGAUGCCACUCUUGGAGAAGGGGCUUCUGAGUCUCUUCAUGUCAAGGAUUACAAGUACUGAGCCUUUCUACAAAAAGAAGAAGGUUAAGGCUCAUAAUAAUGGCUUCACCCACCUCCUACUUUACUUCUUUCUACUAAAACAACCCAUUUUUUUUGUUUACACUCUCUUCUUUCUUUUUGUAAUAAAACAUACACUACAGAAUUGUACUUUCUUCGACACCCCUUCCCCUUCUCUGUGUUUAUUGCAGAAAAGAUUAUAUAGUUAAUCGAAAGAAUUAUUACAACUAA